AUGCUCGACAAAAAGCUUACCUUGGCUUCUCUGCUCUGUAAACCAUUCCAGUAUUCUUUGAUUGAGCCCCGGAUACUUCGGCAUGAAGCAUCCCAUCGUCUUCCAUUUUGCUGACAAUUUAAUCUCGCGGUUAAAAGGGUUCGCUUGAUCUUUCCUCCAGCGACGGACCAUGGACUCACUGAUGCCAUAUUCCCUGGCGAUUUCAGAGUUAUUUUCAAAAGCUUCUACUUCAGCGACUAUUUUAAGUUUAAUCGCGAGGUUGUAUGA